AUCUCGAGAUUCAAGACACUUGUUAAACAUAUUAAAAAAAGAAAUAAAAGAUCAAAUUAAAGGUAAAAUAUGACUUUUUACCCAUUUAAGGUAGUAUUAAAUUCGCAAAUAUAUCAUUUUUAAUUAAUAAAUAAAUUUAAAAGAUAGGCAGAUUUGAAAUUGAUUGUGUGAAUCAAUCAAUCUUUUGGAAUUGGAGUAUAUCUCGUUACAGAGAACAUUUGACAUUGUGAGGCAAAUCACAAGACGCGAUGGGUUUGCUUAGUUCGGAUCAGCUUGAAUCCUUCAACUCUCAAGGUUAUCUUGUGAUUGAAUCGUUUGCUAGUGAGGAUGAAAUUCAGAGCAUGAUCAAGAGGAUGGAACAGUUGGUUGAUGAAUUUGAUCCUUCUUCCACCGCCUCUAUUUUCUCCACAAAAAACCAGCAAAAGUUGACUGAUGAUUAUUUUUUCGAGAGUGCAGAAACAGUUUCAUUCUUCUUCGAAGAGAAAGCAUUUGGGGAUGAUGGUAACUUAAAGCAGCCAAAGCAAAUUUCCCUCAAUAAAGUUGGCCACGCACUUCAUGAGAUUGAGCCUGCAUUUAAGAAGUUUUCUUCUUCUGAGAAGGCUUCAAGUUUAAUGAGCUCCUUAGGUUACAAGAGACCGGUGAUUAUGCAGUCUAUGUAUAUAUUUAAGCAACCUGGAAUUGGGGGUGAAGUAGUGCCGCACCAAGAUAACUCGUUUAUUUAUACUGAACCGCAAACAUGCACGGGGCUGUGGCUGGCUUUAGAAGAUGCCACCAUAUUAAAUGGUUGCCUUUGGGCAAUUCCUGGAUCUCACAAAAAUGGGCUUCUUAGAAGAUUCAUAAGAGAUGAAAAUGGUGUCAAAUUUGAUAGACCAUCGCCAUCUUAUGAUCAAAAAGAUUUUGUUCCUAUUGAAGUAAAAGCUGGAUCUUUGGUUGUCAUCCAUGGCGAUCUUAUCCACCAAAGCUUUGAAAACCAGUCCACAAAAUCAAGACAUGCAUAUAGCUUGCACGUGGUAGAUACAGAUAGCUGCAAAUGGGCACCAGAAAAUUGGAUCAGACGGAAAGUGGAGCCAGAACCACUCUAUGUAAACUAACCAUCUUUGCAAAUUUUAAAAAAAAACCGUAUAGUCUGAUGUUUACUUCGCAAAUUUGUACCAAGACUAGGUAUUUUUCAUUUGUUGUUAUAGCGUUGUAAUAAUGUCAACCGCACAUGUUGCCAGUACUUGCCGCCAAUUAAUACAUUCGAUUGAUUUGGCUUUGGGUUA